GAAAUUGUGCUUUCGGGCGAUUUUGUGAAAAUAUCCAGGAUGAUGAGAAGGACACAAUAUAUGGCGUCAAUGUAUUGCACAAUUAUUCCAUAUUCAACCGGCAACGCCGUUUGUAGGUUGUGCGCAUGUUAUCUUGAUAAAAGAUAAGAUGUACAUUGACUGAUUUGUUACUUAGAAGUCAUGGAUUUUCCACAGUAUGCAAAUAAAGAUCAAGAAAUAUCUUAUUGGAAGGAUUUAGCAGAUAAAUAUUUACAAGAGAAAAGUGAUGCUCAACAAGAAUUGGAGGAUUUUACAGAGGAAUCUCGACAGCUAGAGUGUGAAUUAGAAGCUUCUCUUAAACAAUCUGAAAAUGAAAUAAGAGACUUGAGGUUAACUGUCAGGAAUUUACAAGCAGAAUUAGAAUCUUCAAGGAAUAAAUUGGAAACAUUUGACAAAGAGAACUGCUCUCUAGAAGUUAAUUGCAAUGCAUUAUCAUCAGAAAAAGAAAAAUUAUUAAUUUAUAUUAGGGAACUGGAACAAAAAAAUGAUGACCUUGAAAGAGCUCAUAGAAAUGUAACAGAAAGUGUUGCUACGUUUGAGGAUCUUUUAAAUAAAGCGUAUGAAAAGAAUGCAUUGCUAGAAAAUGAAGUUGGUGAGAAAGAAAAUUUACAAGUUCAGUUACAACGGCUGCGUGAUGAAGCUAGAGAUCUGAAACAAGAACUUAAAAUAAAAGUCAAGGAUGGAGACAAGAAUUUGACAAAUGGUUAUAGUAAUUCUUAUAUGAAUUUAUCACUGGAUUCAAAUCGACUGCACUGUGAAAUGGAAACACAGACAGUGGUGGACAACCAGACAACCAUGAACACCCCAAUAAAACAACAAUUAAAAAUUGAUGGUAACAGCCUCACAUCUGCUGGCAGAAUAUCGGCAAUGAAUAUUGUUGGAGAUCUGCUGAGAAAAGUAGGGUUUGGUAAGCUCCUAUGUCCGGCAUGCAGCAGAGUUACUUGUUCCUGCAAUCCAAAUUCUGGAAAUAAUCCAAAUUGUGCAGCCACGCCACAAAAAAAUUAUAAAAGACUCUUUAUAGAUGGCAGAUACCGUCCUGAAAAUUUGGCAUAUUCCACUGAAACAAUAUCCGAUAUGGAUGAAAGGGAACUUAAUUCUAUGGAAUUUAGACUCAUACAAAGCACUUGUGCUCUGAGAAGUCAAUCUGUGAUUGAAAAUCCAGAAAUUAGAAAUGGGUCACAUAAAAAUAAUAUAGGGCUGAAAAAGCAAGAACAUGCAAAUGGUUUGGGGUACGCUAGCACAUUGAAUUCAUUCUUUAGAUCAAGAAGCAAUAGUGACUUAUCUACUGGACAAGACGCUAGUGCCAGGUUUCAAACGUGGCUCAAUAAUCUUAUGAAUAAAACUAUUAAAAAUGAUGAAAAGAAUUGAUAGAGGAUAAUAUAAAAAAAUAUAUUUCGUCACUUUAUCUCAUGCUAAAGAUGGGAAU